AUGCAGUUCAUCACUAUUGCUCUUCUUGCGACGGCUUCGCUUAUCAACGCCCAGUCGGUUCCAUCAAGCGCCCCGGGGUGUGUUAAGUAUUGUCUACGUAUUGCUCGGGAGCAGUCAGCGUCUACCGCCCCCGGUGCAUGCACAUGGGCCGGCUGGUGUGCAUCAAGCGCCUUUCAGGACUCUGUGUCCAACUGCUUCAGCAACGUUUGCGGUUCGACUAAUCAACAAGUCGGCCAGCAAGUCUAUCAGCAAAUUUGCUCCCAAGCCGGUUCAGAUACCACUUGCCCCUCUGGCAGCGCUUCGGCCAGUGCAUCGGCUCCCGUAUCUUCGGUCAUUUCGUCCGUAUCUGAAUCUGUAACUUCGGCCCUCUCAUCAGCAGCAUCUUCCUCUGAUGUCGUCACCACCACGAUCGGUGGAGUGGCUACCACUAUUCCUGCCUCGGCUACUUCUUCUAUUGCUAGUGAGGCUUCGAGCUCAUCUGAGAGUGUAAGCUCUUCCCUUGAGAGUGUCUCCGCAUCGCUUUCUAGUGCUGUGAGCUCCGCCACUGCUCCAGUCAGCUCCGCUAUCAACUCGAUAAGCUCCUCUGUUGCCUCUGUUAUCUCCAGUGCGAGCUCAGCUGCUAGUUCAGCUGCUGCCAGCCCCACGGCAUCUCCCAAUGCUGCCAGCCCUCUUGGCCUCCAGUCUGCUCAAGCUGUGUCUCUUGGUGCCGCCGUCGUUGGCAUCGUUGCAGGCGCACUCAUGCUCUAA